AUGCUUCAUAACUCCAAGAUAGACCCGGAGAAGGUAUCCGACCUUGAAAAUGGCUUUUCGGGCACAACAUCCUCCGACUCAAGCUCCUCCACAUCUUCGUCUUCAACAGAUCACCAGCAGCAGCAGCAACAGCAGCACCAUACACGGCUCGCGUCAACAUGGACUAACUUUAGAGAUUCAUUCAAACCGCCAUUGCACAAUGAAAAAGGCGAGACAAGAGAACAGGCACCGCCAGCACUAAAGCAGACGAUGAAAAAGCGCCAGCUUCAAAUGAUCGCCUUGGGAGGCUGCGUGGGCUCGGGCCUCCUCGUGGCGUCGGGUCUCGCUCUACAGACAGGUGGACCGGCCUCGUUGCUAAUAGCAUGGACCAUCGUGUCGUCCUUCCUAUACUGCACCAUGCAGUCGCUCGCGGAGCUAUCGAGCUCCUACCCCGUCUCGGGCUCGUUCGCCACCUACUCGUGCCAAUUCAUCGACCCCAGCUGGGGCUUCGCCAUGGGGUGGAACUACUCGCUAUUUUGGGUGGUGGUGCUUCCCUUGGAGUUGGUGGCCGCUGCCAUGACGUUGAAGUACUGGAACACAGGCUCCUUUCCCACCGUGGCCUUCGUGGCCAUCUUCUACGCCUUGAUCCUCUUGCUCAACUUGUUUGGCGGCGCGCGCGCCUUUGGCGAAACCGAGUUUUGGGCCUCGCUCAUCAAAUUGUUGGGGGUGGUGGGGUUCAACAUCUUGGCAGUGGUUUUAAUCUGCGGCGGCGGCAACCAAGGGUUCAUUGGCGCAAGCCGGUUCCGCGACUUGCCGUUUGCCUCGGGCGCAAAGGGGGUUAUUUCCGUCUUGUUGACGGCAACGUAUAGCUUGGCGGGCACAGAGUUGGUUGGGUUGACAUCGGCCGAGGCAGCAGGCGAUGCCCGCAAGAUUAUGCCCAAGGCCAUCAAGCAAGUCUUGUGGAGAAUCUUGAUUUUUUACUUGGCGACCUUGACCUUGCUUGGGUUCUUGGUGAGUGCAAGAGACCCGCAAUUGAUAAGUGGAAGCAGCAAGUCUAGCACCUCCCCGUUUGUGAUUGCCAUAGAACAAGGCGGCGUCAAGGGUUUGCCCUCGGUGUUCAAUGUCGUCAUCCUCGUGGCGCUCUUGUCGAUUGGCAACUCGGCCGUGUACGGGUUCUCACGCACGCUUUUGGCGCUAGCUCAGCAAGGCUUGGCUCCCAAAGUGUUCAACUACGUCGAUAGGAAAGGGAGACCGUUGGCAGCUAUCGCAGUCUCAUUUAUCGUUGGCUUGUUGGCGUUUGUUUCGGCAUCGGAAUACGAAAGUGAGAUAUUUGAAUGGCUCGUUAGUCUAAGUGGUCUUUCGACCUUGUUUACGUGGUUCCUGAUCAACUUCGCCCUCAUCAGACUCAGAGCAGCUCUAAAGCGCCAGGGCAAGUCGACUGAGGAUUUGCCAUAUCGCUCGAAAACCGGCGUAUGGGGAGCUUAUUACGGUGCCAUUAUGAACUUUACUGUGCUUGCGCUUCAGUUCUGGUUGGCGUUGUACCCCGUGGGUAAAAAGACACCAUCGGCAACGGUAUUUUUCAAAACAUACCUUGCCUGCAUCAUUGUCAUUGCAUUCUAUCUCGUGCACAAGGUCUGGACCAAGAACUGGAUCAUACUCAUCAAAGCCGAGGAUAUAGAUCUUCAAAAGGGCAAAAGUGAUUUGGAUCUAGACUUGAUGCGACAGGAAAUGGCGGAGGAGAAAGAAAUCCGCCGCAGACAGCCACUUUACAAAAAAGUUUGCAGCUUUUGGUGCUAA